AUGGGGGUUGCCUCACUGAUGGAAAUGUGUGAGAACCCGAAUAGCGACUUGGAUAAUCAUGAGCGGAAGCAGAUAAAUACAAUUACUAUGGAGAAACUUUUACACCUGGUAUCGCUGCCAGAGGUUGGGGAUGACAUCCAGGGUAAUACGGAGGAGCGGCAGGUGGAGGCGGAGGAGCGGCAGAUGGAGGCAGAGUGUGUGGUGUGUUCGGACGAGACGCCAGAUACAGUGUUGGUGCCGUGUGGGCAUUUGGCGUUGUGUUCUGGGUGCUGUGAUACAAUGGGGAUAAAGGAGAGGGGGGCGAGGAAUUGGUCGGCAGUGCGGUGUCCCCUAUGCAGGACGGCGGUGGAGUAUCGGAUUAAGGUAUUUAAGGCUUAG